CUCACGAUGCGUUCAGGUCGUCAACGCUCAAGAGCCCCACGCGUGAAAUCUUCGCGCAACCAAAAACCCUAUCGGCGAGUACUAUCGCGUUCUCGCGCGAAUCCAAUCGUCCUCUCUGAACAAGUUACUCGAAUUGUCCCUCAUUCAAUCGCUAAAGGCGUUGACAUCUGCGGUGAUGAUAACAACUACCUCUAUAUUGUUCGGUCAGACGCUGGUGUGUACAUGCAGUCCGACAACCUGAACAAAGGCGGUAAUAUAGAGGUAUUUGACCUUCACUACGCCUGCCAGUGGGGAGAUCACUAUCUUGCCAACGAUGGCUACUUCUAUAUCGUACAAAAAGAUAGCUACCGCAGGGUGACGAACAUGAAUACCGAUGCCGACGCUGUAGUCUAUUCACUCCAUCCUCAUUGCCAAGGUGGAGACCAUUAUUUUUCCAUGUCUGGUUCAUUUUACAUUGUCUAUAAAGAUCGCGAUAUCUAUCGCCGCACGUCUAACAUGAAUAACGACCAGGAUGCUGUGGAAUAUUCUCUCAAUCACGACUGCGGCGAUGGUCUAUACUAUUGGGGAUAUGGCGACUACGUCUACUUCGUCAAGCCAGUUGGGGAAUGGGGUCCCCUGUACCACAAGACAAGCAAUCUGAACCGCGACUCGGACAGCAACGACUAUUCCUUCGCAACGGAUGUUGUUAAUUUUCUCCCCGGUGGAAUAGCGAUCACCAAAGGGCCUGCGUUUGGGGAGUGGAAGCUGCUGAAGAGUUUUGAAAAUGAAUCAAAAACUCCCGUGGAGUGGACAAAGGAAAUCAGCCACCAAAAAGGAGCAGAAAGGAGUAAACUGUCCAGCAUUGAACACAACUGGAACAUCAAGGUAAGUGCUUCUUACAAAAGCGGCGACAUUGCUGCAGCCUUUGCCAAGUACCAGUUCUCCCUGUCGGCGAGUUACGGUGGAAAAAGUGUUGACACCACAACGGAGAGCUGGAAAGAGGUGACUACGGUGACCGAAAAGGUAAGCUUAUCGGUCGCUCCUGGCCAGCAAGUCUACUUCUGGCAGUACCAACUUGGAUUCGGGGAAGAGGACAUUCUUUUCUGUCGAAAAAUGAAGCUCACCCAUAAUCACGACCCUCCGGAAGAAACACCACUUACAAUUGUAUAA